AUGGCUUCUGGAGACAACGCUACGCCCGGGGACUCCCGGUCUAAACAGGAGCGGGUUCGUGAUAACCAGCGACGCAGCCGUGCGCGGCGGCGGCAGUAUCAGACGGACCUCCAACGGCGCCUGAACGAGUGUCACAGUACUUGUCGCGAGGCCGCUCUACAACGAGCCGCAUUUGCGGACCUUCAAGCGGAGAAUGCCCGGUUGCGGAAUCUUUUAAAAUCGGCUGGAUUCGAUCCCGACCUAGUGGGAUCCGCUGGCAGGACGGGUCCUCAGUCGGGUCCUCAGCCUUGCCGGGGUCAAGCCUCGGAUGCUUCUUCACGACUUCUGAAACCCAAGUUGCAGUCAACAGAACAGCCGGCCUGCCAGACUGUGUAUAGCGCACUCCAACCAGUAUUGGAAGAACAAGCCUGCUAUGUGGAAUCCUCCUUUCCUUUGUCUCUUCAAGGGUCUCAAAGCGCUCACAAUGCUCUAACGGUGGGCACACACUCCGAGGACGCCAUUCAACACGACUUUUCCUCGCCCUCAUUUCCCACUCCAGCAGCACUGGCUCAGCUGCCGAGCACUUCACUCGGUCUUUUUCAGGAAUGGCUCGUUGGCUAUGAUACGGAUGCGUCAUCUGUGUCCAGCGACAGCUCCUUUUCCUGCGACGCCUUCCAAGUCCCAGCAAACGGGCCUCUACUGCCAGACAAUGGCAACACGGUUUUAUGUUCGAUAGCAAAAUCCACGAUCGAACAGUACGGUCCAACGCCGGUGCAAAUGCAAGGACUCGAGGCCCGCCUAGCCACAGCAUUCAGCCGACCCACUGCACCAGGGCUGGGUUGUCGGGUUAGCAGUCAGGUCCUGUUCCAGGUAUUGAACGAAAUGGAGUCGCCGCUGCCACAAUUCUGA